AUGUCGGCCGCAAUACCCUCCGUCGCCUGCCUCGGCGUCAUCGGCCGCAAUAACAACCCCCUGCACAUCUCCAUCUUCCCAUCCUACGAUCCAACAGCCAACGCCUUCACGCCCGUCCGCAACCCCCUGCAGUUCUCCCUCCUCCUCUCCUCGACAAUCGACGUCUUCGACCUGCGAUCCAAGACCAGCACGGCGUCGGGCGACUUUGGUCUGCUGCACGCCAUCGACGACCGCCUCGCCGCGUACGGCUUCGAGACCAACACGGGCGUCCGGAUGGUCUGCAUCGUGGACAUGCGCGGACGACGCGUCGAGGCCGGAGGCAGCGCUGGCACGGGAGGCGCAGGAGGUGGGCCAUCGCAGUCGUCUGCGUCUGCUUCUUCGUCUUCUGCGGCUGCGGCGGCGGCGGCGCGGGCGUCCAUGAGCAACGUCGGCGCGGGACUGAGGGAUGCGGAGCUGAAGCCGGUGUUUAGGGCGAUGCAAAGCGCAACUGGCUAG